UGAAAAUUUAAAAAUGAAAAAUGGUUGGGUUCCAUCCAGUUUCCAAGCACUUUCCACAUCCAAAUUCUUAAGUCUCAUCCUGACUGGUCAAUCUCCCUUUUCUCCAUCUUCUUCUUCUUCUUCUUCUUCCUCCAUUCCCAUUUCUCUCUAUUUGUAGUAUUAUAUAUAUAGUCCUCCAUUUCUCUUCCAUUCCCAUUUCAUCUUUAUUUAUAAUCUUCUUCUUCUACUUCCCACAUUCUCAAUUCUCUCCGUUCUUCACCAAAUUAUGAGACCCCACGAACCUUAUUCCGGCAACAAUUCCGACGCCGAGAGCGUCAGUAGCGUCAGAAGGGGUGACCGGAGAGCUUUCAGCGGUCCAAUUUCUUCUUCCACUACCAAGCCUAGGAAGAAUGCUAAAUUCGACCUCUCUUCUUCUUCUUCCUCCCUCAAAGCCGCCGAUGAAGACGACACCUAUGUUGAAAUCACCCUCGAUAUCCGUGACGACUCUGUCGCCGUCCAUAGCGUCCAUACCGCCGGUGCCGGUCAGGAUCCUAACUCUCUUGAAGACCCUGAACUUUCUCUUCUCGCUAAAAAAACUCUCGAGAAGAAAUCUUCCUCUUUCCGUGCCUCUGUUCUUCGUUCCACUUCUUCCCGUAUCAAACAGGUCUCUCAAGAGCUUAAACGCUUCACGUCACUUAACCGCCGCACCUCCACUCGCCGAUUCGACCGGACUAAAUCUGCUGCCACCCAUGCUCUCAAGGGUAUGAAGUUUAUUACUGCCAAAACCGGUGGAUCCUCUGCCGGUUGGGGUCCGGUUGAGAAGCGGUUCGAUGAACUCACUGCCUCUACCAACGGACUCCUCCCUUCUUCCUUGUUUGGACAGUGCAUUGGAAUGAACAAAGAAUCGAAAGAUUUCGCCGGUGAGCUUUUCCGUGCACUUGCUCGUAGGCGUAACAUUACUGGUGAUUCCAUCAACAAAGCUCAACUUAAAGAGUUCUGGGAUCAGAUUUCCGACGACAGCUUCGAUUCCAGGCUACAAACUUUCUUUGACAUGGUCGAUACGGAUGCAGAUGGAAGAAUCACAGAAGAAGAAGUCGAAGAGAUUAUUAGUAUGAGUGCUUCAGCCAACCAACUUUCCACAAUUCAAAAACAAGCAAAAGAAUACGCCGCCUUAAUCAUGGAAGAACUCGACCCUGGAAAUGCUGGGUACAUCAUGAUACAAAAUCUGGAAACUCUGUUACUACAAGCUCCAAAUCAAUCAGUAAGAGUGAGUGACAGCCGAGUUCUAAGUCAAUUACUAAGCCAAAAACUGAAGCCAACGAACGAAACCAACCCCAUCAUAAGAACAUACGACAAGUUCCUGUACUUUGUAGAAGACAAUUGGCAGAGGAUUUGGGUUUUACUGCUUUGGCUCGGCAUCUGCGCGGGUCUCUUCACUUACAAAUUCAUCCAAUACCGUCACAGAGCAGUGUUCAACGUCAUGGGUUACUGCGUUUCAAUUGCUAAAGGAGGAGCAGAAACUCUAAAAUUCAACAUGGCUCUAAUUUUACUCCCUGUUUGUCGUAACACCAUCACAUGGCUUCGUAACAAAACCAAACUGGGCGUCAUCGUACCUUUCGAUGACAAUCUGAAUUUCCAUAAAGUUAUAGCAGUUGGAAUUUCUGUUGGAGUGGGAUUACACGCAAUCGCUCAUUUGGCUUGCGAUUUCCCUCGGCUUCUUCACGCAACAGAGGAAGAAUAUGAACCACUGAAACGAUUCUUUGGAGAGGAACAGCCUGAUAAUUAUUGGUGGUUUGUUAAAGGAGUGGAAGGUGUUACAGGGAUUAUAAUGGUUGUAUUAAUGGCCAUUGCUUUCACAUUAGCCACUCCAUGGUUUAGAAGAAACAAACUCAAAGUACCCAAACCUUUAAAGAAACUCACCGGCUUUAAUGCCUUUUGGUACUCCCAUCAUCUCUUCGUCGCCGUCUACACCCUCCUCGUUGUCCACGGUAUCUACCUCUACCUAACCAAGGAAUGGUAUAAGAAAACGACGUGGAUGUAUUUGGCGGUACCGGUAUUACUUUACGGGUGUGAGAGAUUGAUAAGAGCAUUCAGAUCAGGGAUCAAACCAGUGAAGAUUCUUAAGGUGGCUGUUUAUCCUGGAAACGUUCUGGCAUUGCACAUGUCUAAGCCACAUGGGUUCAAGUACAAGAGUGGGCAAUACAUGUUUGUUAACUGCAGAGACGUAUCCCCAUUCGAGUGGCAUCCAUUUUCAAUUACUUCAGCUCCCGAAGAUAACUAUUUGAGUGUUCAUAUUCGAACACUUGGUGAUUGGACAAGGAAACUUAAGGAUGUGUUUUCAGAGGUUUGUCAGCCUCCUCAAGCUGGUAAAAGUGGACUUCUUAGAGCUGAAUUUUUGCAAGGAGGAGCUCCUAAUCCCAAGUUUCCAAAAAUUUUGAUCGACGGUCCAUAUGGAGCACCAGCACAAGACUAUAAGAAAUACGACGUAGUAUUACUAGUGGGGUUGGGAAUUGGGGCAACACCGAUGGUGAGUAUAGUAAAAGACAUAAUCGACAACAUAGAGGAGAAAGAAUCAGAAGCAAAUGCAGUAGAAAAUGGGCAAGGGCAUAGCAGUCGAGGAGGUAGCAAGCAUGGAAAAGGAUUCCGAACAAAGAAAGCAUACUUUUACUGGGUGACAAGAGAGCAAGGGUCAUUCGAAUGGUUUAAGGGGAUAAUGAACGAGGUAGCAGAAAUGGACGAGAGAGGGGUAAUCGAGCUACACAACUACUGCACGAGCGUGUACGAAGAAGGUGACGCUAGGUCUGCGUUAAUAACAAUGCUUCAAUCACUACACCAUGCCAAGAAUGGAGUGGAUGUGGUAUCAGGGACCAGAGUAAAGUCACAUUUUGCUAAGCCAAAUUGGAGGCAAGUUUAUAAAAAGAUUACCCUUCAUCAUCCAGAUACAAAAGUUGGUGUGUUUUACUGUGGAACACCCGUACUUACAAAGGAGCUCAGUCAAUUGGCAUCCGAUUUCACUCGUAAAACAUCAACCAAGUUUGAGUUUCACAAAGAGAAUUUCUAAUUGGGGGUAUGAAAUUAGUAUUUGUUAAAAUGCCAUUUAGUUAUUAUUCGGUUAGUGUUUUUAGAAGUGGGAUGGGAAAAGGUCAAUGGUUUUGGUGAUGGUUGACACAUACAGCACUAAUUCUAUAGCCAACCAACCACCAAAUUUCAUGCCCAUUACCGCAGCCGCCGCGUUUUGGUCAUAAUUCUUUUCUUUCUUUCUUUCUUUCUCUUCAUUGUAAUUUGUAUCUUUUAUUUUUGUCAUGUAGAUUCAUAUUUUUUUGCCAACUAUAUAUACAUAAAGCUAAUUACGGUAAACAUGGAUCUGUGUUUUGAUUCA